AAUGUGCUGAAAUUAAAAGGUUCUCCUUUUCUCAGAAAUGUUGAUCCACAUAUUGAUGCAAUCCCCCUAGGAGGUUAACACAGCAGUGAGACGAAUUGACAAAAACAAUUUUACUUGCAGUUGAUUGGAGUAGUUGUAAAAAAAAUGUUUAUGUAUAUUAAUACUACGUUAAAACAUAUGGAUUAAUACAUUUUAUUAGACACAUUGUUUUUGUUUUGUAUCUAUAAUUUUAAAUAUCUGACGGAUUUUUAUUACAUCUUACGAUCAUGACCUAUAUCGAUGAACGUGUUAUCGUAAUCAGUGAAAUCGCGAUUUCUUUCGCCUUGGAGGUAACGAGGCUUAUUACAAGGAUGGAUCUUGGGUACGAGCUGGUGAUGAACUGUGGUUAUUCACCGAACAUAGAUGUCUUAAGUUUUUACCUAUUGAUCACUGCUGGAUGCACUCUUUUAGUAGGAUGGCUAUCGGAUAGCGCGGCCGGAAAGUAUUACGUAAUUUUAAUCGGAUUGGUAUUCAUAGUGGUGGCGUGUACUGCAGUCGCAACCUAUUUCGUGUCAGAUAUGUUGAACGUAUUCGAGUUGAGCCGUUAUUUGAUACUGGCGUAUACAGCGACGUCCGGGGUGAGAAACGCCUUCCUCUUGGAACAGUGGGAAAUAGCGAUGACAAUAGAAAAUCUGAGCAAGUUUAUAUUCUACCUCGUUCUGGUACGAGUGUGGGUGAAGAGCGGUAUAUCAGCACUACACUUGGUCGGGAUAGAUAUAAAAAUGUUGUUCGUAUUUCUGAGUUUCGCCGCCGCGGUCGUCAGCUUUAGCUAUUUUAUCUUCAUGAUGGGUAUCGGCAGCCGUGUGUACAUCGAAUCCACGUACUUUCUCGUUUGUGAAAAAUGUAUAAAGUGUGUACUUCUAGCUGCGAUAAAUUCAUGUAAACGUUCAAAAAAAUUGAGAAGGGCAUCGCAACUCCUUCUUCGGCCUGUACUGCGAGCGAAUAACGAGCCUAAUUCUAAAGCAAAGAGAAAGAAUGUCAGCUUUCUUCCAAAAGCCCAUAUGCGUAUUCAAGACUUCGACACUCCCCACUUCGAGGACUACACAGAACUCGAUAAGAUUAAGGUGUCCUGCUACGGUUACCUAUUAAUGACCACCAAAAUAAAAAAAGUCGCCGGGAUCGAGGAAAAAUUGGUCGAUUUGAAGGGUUCUAGUAUGGCCGAGGACGAAAAGCAGGAAAAACGUGGGUUAAGGUUACUAAGAAAAAGCUUUGUUUCUGCCGUUCAAGACCCAGAGCCCGAGGAGAAAAUUCAAGUGCGAAGAAUACCAGCUGUUACGACCCAAAGGAGUUGUCUCGAUAACUCAAAACCGUCGUGUACCGAUCUUACGGUCCGCCAAACGUCGUUGUUUUUGUCAGCUUUUAUCGUAACGUUUCAACCAUUUUUCUUCACGAUCUUCAUGCUGACAAUUUUGGACGUUACGGAUUUCCAGGCACGCCUCGUCGAACGUCCCGUAGAGGAAAACCUACAAAUCGCGUACUACUGCUUUUACUUCGACGCGUUUUUGUUUCCUCUUCACGAAUUCGUCAUUCAUCCUAUUUUACGAGAGGCCAACUUUCGAAAUUCUCAUUUUAUUUGUUUAGGCUAUCUGUGCAUGUUCGUGGCCUUGGUGAUGACACUGAGCAUCAAUAUAAUAUUAGAAACUCACCUUCCGUAUCUUCCACGAAGCAAUUAUUCUCAAAUAAGAAUUUAUAACGGCUUACACACUGAAGUCACUGUACAUAGUUCAUGGAGUAAGAGCAGAUUUGUGAUUUUCCCUCUUGAGUUUAUCCUAUGGAAGGAUAUACCGUCUGUCACAUCGUCGGACGCCGGAUAUCAUCUGACGAUCAAUGAAUCGAUGGAAAGUUACAAAAUAGUCGUAAUGGAACAGCGUACAGUAACUUACAUUGUAACGGAGAACGGUUUGGAACGAAACAGCGAAGCCGAUCCCUCCCUUUUCACAGGAGAAGUACAUUCCAAGCAAGCCAAAUUGUUCAUAGUCACUUCAACAAACAGAACAUUUGAUGUAUUGUUUUUUAAUCAAAAAACCAAAUUCACUUUCAAAUUAUCGAGUGUAGAACGAGGGGUUUGUAAAUACGUGAAACCGGGCGUUUACAAGGUGAGUAUGGACGGUGUAUUGCCUAACACGGUCGACAUCCUACCGAACACUUUGUACUCCUAUUUCGUUCCGUCGGGUAAUGGCAGUCAAGGGAUUUUAUACCCUGUCGAAGGCCCAUUGGUCAUUAAUUACUACUACUUGUUUAUUCCGCUUUGCUUAACGAGCCUUGCGAACGUUUUCACCAGCGUCUCCUACUACGCGAUCGUCAUAGACAAAUCACCGGAAAAGCUCAGGGCGAUAAUCUUUUCGAUUAUCGUCGCGUUGAAUUUGACAGCUACGUCCAUAUAUGUACACUUCAUAAAGGAACCUAGAUUUCUUCCCGUCUCGAUAAUUCUGACUAUUCAAGUUUUCGUCUGCGCCGUGCUGGGGUUUUUGCAGUUAUUUUUUCCGGGUCAUUUUGAAAUUUAUUAAUUUCGAAUAGAAAUAUAACAAUUUGAAAAGUAAGUUGUUUCAUUAACGAGCAUAUGGAUUAUAAAACUGAUUCAACUUCUCUACUAAUCAAAUGUUUCAGAUGUUUUAGAAAAUCGACAAUAAACGUUUUUCAAUAAACAAACAAAAAUGCCUUAAACUGAAAAAUACAACGAUUUUAGGUCGGAGUGAAACGGUGUAUAUUUGGCAGGAUAAAUUUACAAUCGUUUCACAAAUUUUUAACUUUAUGCGCUUAUUCAGUGCAGCAACA